UCUAGAUUGGAAAACCAUGAAGAACAGUAAUCAGAAUCAUUACUCAAUGAUUUCACUCUUCAAGUUCUUCAAUGCUCCAUUACAUCUAGUUAAUCUCCUUUCUAUCAUCCUCUUCUUUGCUUUCGGUUUAUGUUUCGGUAUCAUCCUCAGUUUCCAUCUCAAAAACGUCUCCUUCAACCUCCAAUUCACGCAAUUCUCUCUCUCCUCCACCACCACCACCACCACCACCAGUGCCUUCACAGACGUCAUUACGCCACCGGAAUCAACCACUCCGUCGCCGAUGAAGGUAGGAUUAGGAAGCUAUCUCAACCCUCCCGAAUUGAUGCACGAUAUGACCGAUGAAGAGUUGCUUUGGAGAGCAUCGAUGGUUCCUAAAGUCACAGAUUAUCCAUACAACAGAAUUCCAAAAGUUGCGUUCAUGUUUUUGACGAGAGGUCCGGUGGUAUUAUCGCCGUUGUGGGACAGAUUUUUCAAAGGGAAUGAAGGUCUUUACACCAUCUAUGUUCAUAGGUCCAAUUCAUCUUCCAACGGCACCGAGCCGGAAGAUUCCGUGUUUCAUGGCCGGAGAAUUCCUAGUAAGGAUGUUGAAUGGGGAAAGGUCAACAUGAUCGAAGCGGAGCGUCGACUGCUAGCAAACGCUCUUCUAGAUUUCUCGAAUCAACGAUUUAUUCUCCUGUCUGACGCCUGUAUUCCCCUCUUUAAUUUCUCAACCGUUUACUCUUACCUUACCAACUCCAACCAUAACUUCGUGGAGUCCUAUGAUCUAGAGGGGCCUGUUGGCCGCGGACGUUAUAGCCCCAAAAUGGCUCCGACUGUCGUAAUCUACGAAUGGCGAAAAGGGUCGCAAUGGUUUGAGAUGGAUCGUGACCUAGCAACCGAGGUGAUCUCCGACACGAUGUAUUUCUCGGUUUUCCACGACUAUUGUGAUGGCCAAUGCUAUGCAGACGAGCAUUACUUGCCAACAUUUGUUACCAAGAGAUUUGCGGAGACAAAUGCCAAUCGGACUUUGACAUUUGUUGACUGGGCAAAAGGUGGGCCCCACCCGACUCGGUACACAAGAAACGAUGUGACUGAGGAGUUUUUGGAGAAAUUAAGGAGUGAUACGAGUUGCGAGUACAACGGGAAGGGAAACCAAAUAUGUCACUUGUUUGCGAGGAAAUUCACAUCUCAUGCCUUGGAUAGGUUGUUAAGAAUUGCACCAAGUCUUAUGCAAUUCAACGACCUAUAACUUUUCUUUUCUCAAAGCAGAGUUAUUUGUUAUUUUACUUUAUUUACUUCAAAUUAUUUUAUUCUUAUAUACAUAAUGAA